UUCCCGCCCGAGCCCUGUGCGCAGCCAUCUCGCCGCCUGCCGCCGCCGUGGGAGGCUGCCGACCCGCACCCCUGUGAGCUGGAGCCCACGACGCUGCCUGGGCCAUGGACUCGAAGGUCAGCAAUGGCGCCAGCCCCCAGGAUGAGCGCACCACAAGCCUGCUGGUGUUCAGCUUCCUCCAGAGCUGCCCGCACUCCCGUUGCCGCCAGGAGCUGGAGAUGCUGGGCCACAAGCUGUCCGUGCGCGCGGCCCACGACGACGAGCUGCAGACGGAUGGCAACUGGUGCAGCCACUUCCGUCUUGAGGGGGCGGCAGAGACAGACUCUGAGACUCGGGAGGAAGUGGUCCGGGACAUCGCCAGGCAGCUCGCCCAGAUUGGGGACAGGAUGGAGUGCAGCAUCUGUCCGGGGCUGGUGGCUGGCCUGGCCGCGCAGUUCAGUAACUCGAGCCUGUCGGAGGAGGACAGGAGGCGGUGCCUGGCGGCCGCGCUGCAACAACUCACACAGCUCUACCCUGCGGAUGUGGACCGCGAGAAGACUCUGCUCCUGCUGACCAUGCUCGUGGCCAAAAAGGUGGCUGACCACUCGCCAGCUGUGCUCCAAAAUGUCUUUCACACCACAGUGACCUUCAUCAACCAGAACCUUCUCGCCUACGUGAGGAACUUAGUCCAAAACGAGAUGGACUGAAGGGACGACUCAACAAAAGUGCGACUGGUUACAACUUGAGAUGGUGACAGCGGUGUAGCUGUCUCCACAGAGAUGGAGCCUCGGCCACUUAAACGUGCUCAGAGAAGACAGGCACGAGGUGGCAGCUGUGUCUCUCUCACCAU